ACGGCUCUGCCUUCAAUGACGAUCUCUGUGUAUGUGUGCGAGUGUGUUGGCGGUGUGAGCUGCGAUCUCGUCACAGAAAACAAACCAAACAGCGGUGGCAGUGGGUUUAGCGGUUUAUUGGUCGGCUGUCGAGGCUCGCUUCCAGUCGUCGCAAUCGCAAUCGCAGUCGUAUCUGUAAGAUACAAACGUAAAGUGCUGCGUUUUUAAUGCCGCAUUUCAUUCAUUGAUCGUUUCAAUAGCGCACCGCACGCUUAGCGCACAACACAACACAACACAACACAGACAAGUGCCGGGUCGCAGUUCUGUGAUCAGUUCUCAGUUCUCAAUUGUUUCGCUGUGUGGGCAACAAAACUGGCCCAAAAGCAAUAAGCCUACUCGACUCGAUCGGUAACGGAGUCAAAGCCAAGCAAGCGCUUGUUGGCUGCUGGUGCUGCCCCAACAUAGACACACUUCAGCUGAGUGGACGACAUUGACGGGAGACGGGCACAAAAACGGGCAACAACGAGACAGCGACGUUGACAAAACGCUGCUCAGUGCAUAGCGGACAGGCGCAGCAAACGGUCGCACAGAUUGAAAAGACGCAAACGCAGAAGCAGUCACAGAACGCAGAACGCGCACCUUUCUCCAACAAUCUAGAAGCAAACUAACUUAGCGGCGGGCCGUGUAUUUUUGUGCGCCAACUCGGGUUAUUGGAUACAGAUACAUAGAUACACAGCAGCAGCAACAACAGCAGCAGCAACAGCUACAGCGGCAUCCGCAGCGCGCGUACUCACGGAUAUUUUUAGCAGCCGGCCUCACACACUGACACACACACACACACACAGAUACAUAUCGCAGGCGCAUUGCUGACACACGCGGCUCGCACGUUUUGGAAAACAAAUACUGUUCUUUGAGGCUUUCCCUCGCAUUCAGUUGCAGUGCGUAUCCAACGGAUGCUAAUCGAAUUCCUUUUUUUUGCGGCAACUAAAAACCCAAUCAACUAAUCAGCAAAAAUGACAACAAAAAAAUAAAAAUAAAUCAAAUGAAAGACAAACUAAAAGAAAAAAAAACUAGUUUGCUGUGGAAGUUCGAGGAAAUAAAAAUAAUAAUAAAAUCCAAAAUCAAAACAAAAAAUGUAUUUUGGUUGUGUUAAUCUGCCAAGUUUAUGCAUGAGGCAAGCGUUAAUUUAAAAUAGAGUCACACAAAACAACAAAUUCUAUGACUAAUUAGCUGAUGCUGUGGAAUUUUAAUUGAAACUCACAUUCGAAAUCGAAUUCAGAUUCGUUUUUAAUUCACAACAAAUAAAUAAAAAUCAAAUAAAUUUAAAAAAAAAAGAAGGCAAACACAAUUUCAAUUUAAAGUGCUCUGUGAAUAUUUAAAAUAACUUGAAAAUUCAAAAAUUAUAAGUGAUAACUGCUAUAAAUGAAAUUAUAAAUUAAAAAUAAAACAACAAAAAACUACAAUCAGCCUGGCACCUAGCACAUUUUUGGAUUUAUGAAAUCGAAAAGAUGAAAUCGAACACUUACGAGCUGCACAACUACGCCGAACUCGACAUGGAACCGGACAGCUCCGAUCAAUCGAUGCCAACGGGAGUCAAGGAGACGCGCAAACGCAAAGCCAACAAUGCAACUGGUUGUCGACGUGGCGAGAAGUAUUCGUUGCGUCAGAAGCGACAGAAACGCAUUCCUGGUGAGUUGGCCUCAACAACAACGUUGCCAACUGAGCUGCCUGCCACACAACUGGCCACGGAGUUGGAGGCGACAAUGGUGACGGCGACGCCAGUCAAAGCCGCUGCCAAGGCCAAGAACGCGGCCAAAACGAAAGCGCCGCCAUUGAGCAAGUAUCGCCGAAAGACGGCAAAUGCCAGAGAGCGCACACGCAUGCGUGAGAUCAACAUGGCCUUUGAGCAGCUGCGUCAUUGUGUGCCGCAGUCAAUAACCGGCGAGGAUGCGGCCAAUACCAAUGAGAAGCUGACCAAGAUCACCACCCUGCGGCUGGCCAUGAAGUACAUUGGCAUGCUCAGCGAAUCGUUGCAGGAUCCCAGCUACGAGAGUGAGUUCCUUGUCGAGUGUUUGCGUGAGAGCGCCAAUCGUGAGGCGCAUGUCAGUCUCGAUAGCGAUGUUGAUGGUGAAGGCGAUGCUGAGCCAGUGUACGAAAUGGAGUUGGAGCCACUGCCUCCAGUUAAGGCCAAGAAGCCAACGAAGGCCAGCAACAAAAAGACGCCAACGAAGCGACAGAGCAAACAGGCAAAGGCAGCAGCAGCAGCGGCAGCAGCAACCACAACAUCACCAGCACCAGCAGCAGCAACCACAACAAUAACAACAACGGCAAGCAGUUCUCCAGAGUCGUGUUAUGCCUCCUCCUCGUUGGGUUCGCCAGCAUUCUGUGCCGCCGCCUGCUCACCAAGCUCAGCUUAUGCCUCGCUCUCCUCCGCCGCCUCCACGAGCAGCAACAGCAGCCGCAGCAAUGUUGGCAACAUGGAUGCGGACAGUCUGCUGGGCAUGCGGCAUGAACAAGCGCUGAGUGAGCUGAAUACGUUGCUGCUUGAAUCCGACAGCGAUUCGCUACACUGCCUCGAUCCCAGCUAUCAGAGUCUGUUGGCCACGGCCGAAUCCUUGUUGCCUGCUCGUGGUGAUUUGCCCAUUUCGAUGCAUUCGUCGCUGGACAAACCUGAUGUGGAGUUGAGUUUGCGUCUGCUGGAUCAUUCGAGGGAUUCCUUUGACUUUGGCAGCGAUCAGCAGCCAUCGACGUGCAUCAGUCCUCUGGCCACAUUGGAUAGUUUUCAUCCGUUUGCCGAUUUGUUGCAUGGCGAGUUUCCGGACAUAUUUCUGGCGUGACUGAGCGUUUAGUUAUUAUUUAAUUGAUAAAUUGAUAUUAUUACAAAUUACGAGUACAUCUACAUUUACAUUUACAUUUACAUUUGUUACAUUUGUUCGUUUAAGUUUAACCUAGUUUGAUAGUGCGCCGCCAUUGCUGCAAGACCUAACCUCACAUUAGUUUAUUACAAAGCAAAACAAAGCGUACAUCGGAAUUCAUCGUGUCAUAGCAAUCAGCAUGCAGCAC